AUGGUACGGUCCGGACGUCCGGGCGGAGACUGCGGCUGCGCUUCUGGAGAAAGGGCAGGCGUCGCGGGGCUGGCCACUUCCGCGCUUCCGCUUUCCGGCCCAGCCAGCGCCCGCGAUGGUGAGAGAGCAGGGCCUCGGGCCAGGGACCCCUGCUGUUCUGCCUCUAGGCUCUGGACUGCCACUCUCCGCCCCUACCUGAGUGCCGUGCGGGCCACACUGCAGGCUGCCCUCUGCUUGGAGAAUUUCUCCUCCCAGGUCGUGGAACGACACAACAAGCCGGAAGUAGAAGUCAGAAGUAGCAAAGAGCUUCUGCUACAACCCGUGACCAUCAGCAGGAAUGAAAAGGAAAAGGUUCUGAUUGAAGGCUCCAUCAACUCUGUCAGGGUCAGCAUUGCUGUGAAACAGGCUGAUGAAAUCGAGAAGAUUCUAUGUCACAAGUUCAUGCGCUUCAUGAUGAUGCGAGCAGAGAAUUUCUUUAUCCUCCGAAGGAAACCAGUGGAGGGGUAUGACAUCAGCUUUCUGAUCACCAACUUCCACACAGAGCAGAUGUAUAAACACAAGUUGGUGGACUUUGUGAUCCACUUCAUGGAGGAAAUUGACAAAGAAAUCAGUGAGAUGAAGCUGUCUGUCAAUGCCCGUGCACGCAUUGUGGCUGAGGAGUUCCUCAAGAAUUUUUAA